AACAGACAUAACAAUCAGCAGAGGUCAAGUUUGCAGAUGAUCUUCUGUCCUGGAUUCUGCAAAUAACUUUAUCCUGGAUUAGAAAUCACUGCUCAGGAGAGUGCCUACAGCAUCUAGCUAAGAGCAAAUGCACCUUCCAUCCAAGCCUUUCUCCAGAACGCUGCCUCUCAUCUAAGCUUUGUGUGAGCAGAGAGAGCAGACAAUAUGGCGCCUAGCUCGCAGCGUUGGCCUUCUCUACUCUGGCUGGGCAUGGGAUUGCUUCUUUCCUUUCUGUUGCCCAUACAUGGCAAAGAUUGUCCACGUUUGUGUGUAUGCGAGGUUCGCCCCUGGUUCACCCCCCAGUCGACAUACAAGGAGGCAACCACAGUGGACUGCAAUGACUUGAGGCUCACGCGCAUCCCUACCAACCUGUCCACAGAUACUCAGGUGUUACUGCUCCAAAGUAACGCCAUCUCUCACACCAGUGGAGAGCUGGAGGCGCUGUUCAACUUGACAGAGUUGGACCUAUCCCAGAACAACUUCAGCACUGUGGAAGCUGUGGGCCUCACAAGCAUGAACCACCUGACCACCCUGCAUCUAGAGGAGAACCAGAUCAGCCAGCUGCCAGACCACUGCCUGGGAAACCUUUCCAAUCUCCAGGAGCUCUACAUCAACCACAACCAGAUAAACUCCAUCUCCCCUCGGGCAUUUGCUGGUCUGUACAGCCUGCUGCGCCUUCAUCUCAACUCCAACAGGCUCCAUGUCAUAGACAGCCGCUGGUUUGAAGAAACACCUAACCUUGAGAUCCUCAUGAUAGGGGAGAACCCAGUUAUUGGCCUCCUAGACAUGAACUUUAAGCCUUUGGGAAGCCUGAGGAGCCUGGUUCUGGCUGGCAUGGACCUCACCGAUGUGCCAGCAAAUGCAUUUGUAGGUUUGGAUAACCUUGAAAGCAUUUCUUUCUAUGACAACAAACUGGUCAGAAUCCCUCAACUGGCUCUUCAAAAAGUUCCCAAUCUGAAAUUCUUGGAUUUAAACAAAAAUCCAGUUCACAAAAUCCAAGAAGGAGAUUUCAGGAACAUGUUACAUCUGAAGGAGCUGGGUAUCAACAACAUGAUGGAGUUAGUCUCAAUUGACCGCUAUGCUCUGGACAACCUACCAGAACUGACAAAGCUGGAGGCCACCAACAACCCUAAGCUGUCUUAUGUGCAUAGGUUGGCCUUUAGGGACAUGCCCUCCUUGGAGAGCCUGAUGCUCAACAGUAAUGCACUCACUGCCCUUUACCAGCACACAGUGGAGAUGUUGCCUAAUCUGCGGGAGAUCAGUCUGCAUAGCAACCCAUUGCGCUGUGACUGUGUCAUUCAGUGGAUGAAUUCCAACAGGACCACGGUGCGGUUCAUGGAGCCCCUGGCCAUGCUGUGUACCUCCCCACCAGAACUCAGAGGCCAGCAGGUUCGAGAGUUAAGGCUGCUGGAGUCCCCGGAGCAAUGCCUCCCCCUCAUAUCACACAACACCUUCCCCGGACACUUAAACCUUGAGCUGGGCAUGAGUGUCACUCUCGACUGCAGGGCCAUGGCUGAGCCAGAGCCUGAGAUCUACUGGGUGACUCCUCUUGGAACCAAAAUCACAAUGGACACUGUGUCAGAGCGGUACCACUUGAGCAACGAGGGGACCCUGCGUCUGUCUCAUGUUCAGGUGGAGGAUUCUGGUCGGUACACCUGUGUUGCCCAGAACACAGAAGGAGCUGACACACGGGUCGCCACCAUCCGCGUAAAUGGCACCCUCCUCGACAGCGCCCAGGUGAUGAAAAUCUAUGUCAAGCAGACUGAGUCGCACUCCAUCCUGGUCUCCUGGAAAGUCAAUUCUAACGUCAUGUCCUCCAACCUGAAGUGGGCCUCAGCCACCAUGAAGAUUGACAACCCGCACAUCACCUACACAGCUCGUGUCCCUGUAGAUGUUCAUGAGUACAACCUCACACACCUUCAACCUGCCACCGAGUAUGAGGUGUGCCUUACAGUGUCCAACGUCCACCUGCAAACGCACAAGUCUUGUGUCAAUGUGACAACACGUAGUGCUACUUUUGCCCUGGACCUGUCAGACCAGCACCCGAGUGCGGCUGUGCUGGCUGUCAUGGCGACCAUGCUGGCCUUCCUCAGUCUGGCCACUGUGGGCGUCUACAUGGCUCGCAGAUGGAAGAGAAAAAACUACCACCACUCUCUGAAGAAAUACAUGUUGAAGACGUCUUCCAUCCCCCUGAACGAGCUUUACCCUCCUCUCAUCAACCUGUGGGAGACUGACGGUGAGAAGGACAAAGAUGGCGGCACAGAGGGAAAACCCUCUCCUGUUGACACCACACGCAGCUAUUAUAUGUGGUGAGGAUUUAGUAAGGAGGCCUGGCUGCCUCUCCAGCAGCACAAAAAGACACACUUUUGCCAUUUUGGUGCAAAAGUUGAAUAAAGUUGCAAAUGUUUUUUUGUAUUCUCAGCUUUGCUAAUAAGAGGCAGAGUGAUCAAUGACAUUAUUUUUAUUAGUAUAGCGUAUCGCCUUCGUUUGAUUCUUUUUAUCUCUUAAAUGUUUUGGACUCUCCAAGAUGGCAGCUGUAUUUAGCCUCCAGGUUGUCUUAGUUGCUAUGCUCUUGAUUCUGUGGUGCAUUUUUGACUAAUUUUCUUUUGGGAUAAUAAUACGGCAGCAGGGGCUGAUGGUCUUCUUGCAGCAUUAGUGAAAAUCAAUGUUUCUUUCUCUGUUUUGUAAAACAGGUAAUCUGUUGUGCACUGAUAGAUAACAGAGUUUUUGUAUGAACUUCAAUUAAAAGCUGACAGCGUGGUUUAGACUUGUUAAACUGUCUACUGAAUGUUAGCAAUUGUGCAGUAAUGUUGUAUCAACUAUACCUUUGAACUUUCUGAUUUAAAUUGAAAGAUAAUAGGAACUUAGUUUGCUGAUAAAUGUGAUGUUAAUGCUAGAAAUACAAAUGUUUGUUAAAACAUUGAGUUUUUUUUCUAAGGUACACUAGAAACCUUUCGACCCUUUCCCCGUUUACUCACUUAUUUUGCUAGACAUUUUCGCUAAUUGCUUAGUUGAU